GAAUACGCCACCUUGUUGCGGGCGCAUCUGCUGAACGGCUUGGAUCCUGCAGUGCCACCGAAGAGUGUGCGCUCCGUGGACUACAGCCGGGCGGGGACGGAUGUCCGAGCCUCGGCGUCCAACGGGUUCAACGGAUCCGGGUUCAACCGGCCUCAUGGGAAGAUCAAGAAUGGAGAUCCGAUUCUUCAAGGUGCAAGGUGUGUCUGCUUCACAGGGGCAAAUGCGAUUGAAGGUUUGGGUACGGAUGACUUGGAGCGACCUGAGAUUGGCUUGGGAUUCUGCAGCUUUCGGUACCGAGAUUUGGGUCCCAGCCACUUCGCCGGGUCCUGGAAGGUGUCGGGGAGUGAACGCCAGUUGGAACAUGUUGACAUCCAGGUCUACAAUUCGAAUGAAGCCAAUCAAGCCACACUGGAUGGUGCCAACCCGAUUGUCUACAGCGACGGUACGGUCUUCUGGUCGAGACCUGGAACCCUGGACACCAUGUGCAAGUUCACAGGCUUAGUGGCCUUUCCCUUCGAUCGAUUGAAGUGUGCCAUGGAGUGGGGUGCCUGGGUCCUGUCGGAUGGAUUUCAGGGCAUCAAUCUUACAAAUGCUGGCUACGUGUUUCUCACAACGGAAGACACAUCGGGUUCUUCCUACCAAGAAUAUGGGAUCAGGACUGUUGAAGUCUCCUACAAGCAAAGUUUCUAUGAUACCUUCCCCGAUCAACCUUGGACCAUUGUGAAAUACACGAUCGAACUCCAUAGGGCAACCUUCUACUAUGGCACCUUGAUCCUCUUCCCUACCAUCCUGAUCACCUACCUUUCCUUCGGAGUGUUCUUUAUGUCGCACGAAGUGGGGGAACGGCUGUCCUUUGGCAUCACGCUGCUGCUGGUGGUGGAGGUCAUGCGGACCUCAGUGGCCACCUUCGUUCCCAUCUGCGGCGAGCUGCUGUGGAUCGAUCUCUUCAUGUUGGUGAACUCCGUGACGUGGAGAACUCGCUGCCGUGGCCGGGAAGUGAAAGCCGUGGAGUCGCAAGCAGGACUCAUCUACCGACGAAUCAGCAAAGAGGUGCUGGGCAAAAGCAAAGCCUCGUGCUCCAUUCAACAGCUUCAAGAGGAACAGGGCCAGCAACAACUCACAGAGUCGGAUACAGCGAAGCUGAUCUUCUUUGAGAACCUGUUCUACAUGUUGGAUUCAGACUCCAAUGGCUUGAUCGCCAUUGAGGAUGCUGCGGUGAUGUUGAGCUUCGUGAGUUUGAGAACCUCGCGAUUGGAAUUGGAGAAGAUUCUAAUUGACCACUUCUCUGAGCACCAUCGAUUGAAUUGUGCUGACUUUGUCGAGCUUUGCGUCGAGAUCAUGUGGACCAUGCCCUUCGAAGAGAUCCGAAUGGGCGCGCAGAACUACAACAGUGCAAACUAUUGGCUGGGCUGGUCCAAAGCGGUGGACCGCUGGUCUCGCUUCUGGCUGCCGCUAUGUUUCACCAUUGCUUUGGGGAUCCUCUUCAACCUGGAGCUUGUUGAUGACUAUGCGGGGAGUGCUGAAGCGGAAAUGUUUCAGGGUUUUGGUCCUUCCUACAUGAGCGUCGCUGGUGUAUUCCGAUCCCUCAUCAUGCCCUUCUUUGCAGUGAUUUGCAUUUGCGCUUGGUUUUAUAUGCGAAAGCAAGCACGGAAGCCCAAGAUCGUGAGGGAAGUGGCCCCCGAACCAGACAUGAAGCCCAUCGUGCCACGCCCGGAGCCUCGGAAAUUCUCUGGAAGUCCGGCGCUGCGCCGGGAACAUUUCGCAAAAUUCAACCAGUCUUUUGGAAGAUUUGGGACAAAAAAUUGGGUUUCAAAGUAA